GGCAAAGAGCAGAAGUGCUGCUGAAACAUGCAUGUUUUGGCGGGGUGUCCUUCAACACUGAUCCCUGCCGGGGAAUAAACUGAGCUCAGCUCCGUGCUGGAGGCUCUGGGACUCCGUGCAUCGGCAAUUAGUAGCAGACCCAGGAGCAGAUCUCGGAUCCAGUCCAUUCACAUCACUGUCGCAUUUCCAGCUGCAGAGUCCCAUGCAGCAGCGUGGACUUACCUCGUUCGCAUCGCUGAGUGACACCACUGCCCUGUGGCCCAUAGCAAGCGAAACUGAAAAUGAAAAUCCAGUUACUUUUUAAAGAAGGGGGAAGCCGGUGAUGAACCUUUUACUCUGGGAUCUAAGUGGCUUCUGCAUCUCCUGUGCAGGGCUGUGGAAGAGGAGCUGAGUGACCCGGGAGCUGGAAAGGCUGCUCAGGCGCCUGGAGAAGGGGAGAGGAACGGAUGCAAACAACUUUGGAGGUAGAUGACUGAGGGAGGAGCCUGGUGAGCCUGCUCUGGGAUCGUGGAGGAUCUAGGAGAGCAUCCAGCACUGUUGGAGCUGAGCACACGCAGCAGCCUGAUGGACUCUCCCCGCUUCAAGACAUUAUGGUUCCUGCUUCUGACCAUCGCAGCUCUCCGUCCAAAUACUGCCAUGCCCAGUGGCAACCCUGCUGAGACGACACAAGACUCUUCCUCUGGCAAUACAAAUGUGACAGUCUACCAUUGUGAAGACUGUGAGAUCGAGGCAUGUGAACCAAGCAAUUAUGAAGGCUUUGCAAUAAUUGCUAAAACACAAAAUGAGACAUUUUCAAAUGAAGCAAUUCAGUUGAGGAUAUACGAAACAAGCAUCAGUAUGUGCUUUCAGCAAGAAAAUACUUCUUAUAAAGGAAUUUAUGCCAUCUUCUGGGAGAACGAUUACGGACUAGGAGACUCAUGUGGCAUUGUGAAUUCUGGAGCUUCCUCAGCAAGUGUGAGUGGUAGCGUCACUAAAAUUUGCUGUACAGCACAGAUAAACUUCAUAAAGUCCAGAAGUUCCCUGGAGUGCUACCUGGGUGAGAAAACUGGAAAAUCAAUAGCUGACAUCCCUGAUGAGGGAAAUCUAGAUGAUCCUCAACUUUUAGUUGAUGAAAAGAGUAGCACUGGCAUCAUCACCACAAUACUGAUUCUUGGGGUUUGUGGAGCAGCACUGGCAACGUAUUGUGUUCAACAGAACCGAAAUGGCCAAGCUGAUAGAAAAAACAAACUGCUUCCUGACAUGAAAAACUUCAUAUCUAUUUGGAAAAGAUCUACAAAUGGGAAAACCAUGCCUCUAUUCCAGCAGCAUACUCCUCAGUAAUGACAUACAGCAUUCAUCUGAAUUUCUUCAGCUCAUUUUAUACGAGACCUCAUGGUAGUUUUCACAAACGUACCUUCGCCACAUCUAUGCAUUCACUGAGGACUGUGAUUGCCACAGUCGUCCAGCUCCAGGCCUUCACAAGCAACACGAGAAGAUCCCUGGAUCUCCCGUCCUCUCCUGGUGCUCCGCUGAGGACAGCAGUCAUCGCAAGACGUGCGGCUGGCUCAGCAGCACGAGUUUAAGCCAGCUGAAUUCUCUCAGUGGUUUUCAUGACUGAAACUAUCAGUUCAUCUGAAAUUCUUGAGAGAACUGUAUCUGUGCUCAGGAGGGAUCUGUGAACCCUGAGGCAGAUGUUCUCUGCAUGUCUUCUAUUUUGUAAUGCGAUAGCACGCCUAUGAGUCUUUAUUUUUUUAACUCCGAGGUAGUCUCUAGAUCGAAAAAAGCAUUUUGUACGGGUGAUUGGUUUGUUGACUUAGAGGGCUUCGGCGUUUUGAAUAGGUGUUUGAUUUUGCCAGCCACACGCAGGGUGAGGACAUCUGUGUGUGCUCGUUCCUGGGCAAGGGUGGAUGUGAGGGCUAUAUCCAGCUCCCUCAGAAAUGGCAUCGGGUCAUGGAGGCCAUAGCCCCUUCCCAGCCUGAACAGAAGUAUGAUAUCAACCUCCCUGACAAAUUAGGUCAUAAUACUGGCGAUUUUAUUGUACGAUACUUUCAACAGUAAUGCCAGUGGACAGGAACCUAUCAGAAAAGACUGCAGUAUUUCUGCAUCUGAAGACAGGUUUGGGUAUCCUGCAUGCAGACAGCGUGCGAUGAAAUUCUGCACUUCAGGGAUCCCCAUUUGGUAGUUCACUGGCAGUAUGUCAUCUUCAAAUGAUUUAUCAUCCACGCUUGAUUUGAAUAAAUCCUCAAAAGUUUGCAUUAGACCUAAUCUAGUAUCAGGCUUUUGAGCAAAAGUCACCAGCAGCACAAUUGGAAAAGCAGAUCCCUGAAGCACUAUGAAUACGUAGUGAAUCAUUUUGACAUGGUUUAAUUACCCAUAGACCAGCUGAAACUUCCCAGCAGGAAAUCUCAAAGGGUGUAGGAUGACAUGUGACUCUUGAAAUUUGCUACAAUCACAUCUAAAGGGAAAGUUCAUCAUGAAAGACAUCAAAAAAAAGUUAUUAAUUAGUUUUAGAAAUACAGAAAAACCUCUGUGCUUAAAUUGUGUUCUUUUUUGGCACAGGAGACUAGUGCUGUUAUGUGUUGGGAUUUUUCUCCGCUCCCCAGUCGGGGCUUUACACUCAUGCUGAUCUAAGAUACCCUUUUAACUCCACGCUCAGCUUAUUUGUUGGAUUUUGUCUUUUCAAUUUUAAUGUGGUGGAAUGCAGUCAAAACUUCAUGAAGAGAUGGCAAUCCCUGGCUAUUCAAAGGCUUUUGCGUAUUUACUGAGUAUGUUAUUUUGGCUGAUCCAGUUGGGAAAUCUGUUAUAUCGUGAUGAAUGUUAUAAUAUGUUUAUUCAAUAAGCCAAAGCUAAGGGUAUCUGUAAAGAGUCCAGACUGCUCAAGGAUAUAGAGAAGAAGGAAAAACACUUCUCCUCUUUAUACAGCACUUCAGCACAAUUGCAGUUCCUGUUUUUUCCCAGAACAGGACUGCUGUAAGCUUUCGACAGAGUACAGCUGUGUCCAAAAGGAGUGAGGAAGAGGUUUGUUUGGGAUAAAAGCCAUAAUUUUUGGAGGAAAUAACGUAUCUGCUGCUGUAGCCUGGGAAAAGGCCACUCAUGUCGGGUAUGGACCUUUCACUUUAUGACCCUACUGCAGCUAGUUCCCCUCUGCUGUACGUUGUCGCUGUGGGUGCCGUUGAGGAAGUGCCAAGUGCUCCGGCUUACACAAUCGAGCUGUAUACUGUGCUUCUGGAGAUUUCCAGUGGUGUACGCAUUAUUUUCCUCUAUCUAGAAAAAUAUUGCCUUAAAAUUGCAGGCCAUGGCAGUUCUUUUGUGUGGUCUUAAUGAGAAAAAUAAAUGUGUCUAUGUGUUGAAAAAUCUAUAUGUGUGUAUAUAUAUGGUGUUCAAAUUGAAGGCUGACACUGGGUGGUUUUGGUGUAAACUCAGAUUUUGAGUCCUUUGUAAAAAAGACAAAGUGAUAUUUGAGAACUCACGUUGUAUUAACUUCAGGGAUUCAGGUUUAAUGAUGCGCAGGUUUAAUUUCUACUCUUUGACACCAGUUGGGGACAGAGAGCUGGACACGUUUUGAGAAGAAAGGUUAUAUUUGGACACCUCUACCCAGUGACAGUGGCUUAGCAAAAUUAGUCACGCGAUGCAAGCCUUGUGAUCUUUACAGCUCACUGAAGCACACUUUGUUUUUCGUGUCUUUUUUUCUGCUGUGGUGUUCCGCGGCAUCACUACCAACUGUUUCACUUUGCCCCUCCUGAGUUGUGUUGUGCUGGUAGACGCCAAUCAUCCCACAGCCCAGGAAAAACUCUUAUAAAGAGCUUUAAAGAUCUACACUGUUUGUUCUAAGCAACUGCAUUGUGUUCUUUUGCAAUAGAAAAAUAUAGGCAAAUAUUAAGAGGUCUGACUCACCAAAUGCCAUAAUUUGAUAGCUGUAACUUCAAUGAUUUAAAUUGUUUUUGUUACUAUAAUCAUCAUAAUAAAACAUCAACUUAAAAA